UCCCAUCCCCUUCUGCAACCGUCAACGCUGAAGAAUCCCGUGAGCCCAUUUAACGGGCUGUUCUUGACUCUCCCAGCGCAGCACUUGGCCACGCAACAUCAACCAAUCCAAUCGUGCACCAUGACCGCUCAGAACAUCCUCGUCGUCGGCGCAACGGGCAAGCAGGGCGGGGCCGUCGUCAAGGCACUGCUUGGCCUCCCCGAGGGCAGCACCUGCUUCCACAUCCUCGCCCUGACGCGCAACGCUCAAUCCGAGCGAGCCAAGGCCCUCGUCGACGCCCACAACGGCAGCGUCGAACUGAUCGAAGGAGACAGCACUGUGCCCAAGCCCAUCUUCGACUCCAGGCCCAAGGGCUCCAUCGCCGGCAUAUUUAUCGUCACCACGCCCGGCCGGAUCUCGGAGGAGCUGCAGGCCGUCCCGCUCAUCGACGUCGCGGUCGACCACGGCGUCAAGCACAUCGUCUUCAGCUCGGUCGACCGGGGCGGCGACGAGAAGAGCUGGGACCACCCGACCACCAUCAAGCACUUCCGCGCCAAGCACCACAUCGAGGUGUACCUGCGCGACAAGGCCGAGCAGACGGGCAGCAACUUCACCUGGACCAUCCUGCGCCCCGUCGCCUUCCUCGACAACAUGAACCCGGGCAUGAUGUGCGCCAUGUUCACGGCCAUGUGGACGGCCGCGCUGAGUCCCGACAGGAAGCUGCAGCUCGUCGCCGUUCGCGACAUCGGCCUGUUCGCCGCCCAGGCGUUCAGCGAGCCAGGCAAGUGGGCCGGCCGCGCGGUCGGCCUGGCCGGCGACGAGCUUACGCUGGCGGAGGCCAGGGAGAAGUUUGAAAAGGUCACCGGCAAGCCAUUGCCGCAAACCUGGACGAUCCUCGGCAGGGCCGUGCUGUGGGGGGUGAGGGACGUGGGGAACAUGUUUGCUUUCUUUGAGAAGCACGGCUACGGGGUGGAUAUAGCGGCGAGGCGGCAAGAGGUGCCGAUGCUGGACUUCGAGACGUGGUUGAGGGAGGAGAGCAAGUGGAUGAAGGAGUAAAGGUGGGUUACGCUUGAGUCGUCUUUACAUUGUGAGGUCUUCCGCUUGCUGGACAUCCCUUUUUUUGGGCAUAAUGAGGGAAUAUCCGCAAGGUCCUCUAGGUACUCUCUUUUCAGUCGGACUCG